UGUUUUUUUUUUGUUGUUGAUCAAUUCUCUUAGCAAAAGUCUGUAUUCGUGUCGGUUGCAGAUAAUUUUAUUGAUUGAUUUGUGUAACAAAAAAAUUUCGUAUGGCUUUUAGUGUAGUGGAUUGUUUAAAUUGUAACAUUUGAUGUUUUAGCUUACAUCAGUUGCAAGUUUCAACGAUUUUCCGGUAUAUUGAACCUGUCGGCUACCUGACCGUUAACCUAUAAAUUUAAGAUGCAUUCUCUUUUGACCAGAGGAAAUGCUAUAUUGGCAUACACAUUGAGUGUAUUAACGUGUCUUACAUUUGUAUGUUUCAUUUCAACAGUGUUUCUAGAUUAUAGAACAAAUGCAUCAAUGAAUACAGUUCAAGUGGUCGUCAAGAAUGUGCCAGAAUUCAGCGCAUUCAAAGAGAAAAAUGAUCUUGGAUACCUGACUUUUGAUCUUCAAACUGAUCUCACCCAUCUAUUCAACUGGAAUGUGAAGCAAUUGUUCCUGUACCUGACAGCGGAAUACUCGACUCCAAAAAAUGUUCUCAAUCAAGUUGUGUUGUGGGAUAAAAUUAUCCUGAGAGGUGAAAAUGCUGUUUUGGAUUUCAAGAACAUCAACACCAAAUACUAUUUCUGGGAUGACGGAAACGGUCUGAAAGGAAACAAGAACGUGACACUGAGUCUUUCGUGGAACAUUAUUCCGAACGCCGGAUUCCUGCCCAGUAUAUUCGCCACAGGCAGACAUGUCUUCAAAUUCCCCAGCGAAUACACAAUGGAGCGCAUUUGAGACAUUGAUUUCGUCACAAAAAGUUUUCAUUGUGAUAUUGAAAACUAGUUGUGCUAACGCUCUAAAAUGAAUUCUCAAAAAAGGAGGGAGUGAUUGAAACAGUGUUACAAUGUGGAACAUUUUAAAACAAACUAUCAACGGUUGAACUAUCUUUUUUCGAUUUUACAAGUUUUUGUUAGAGAAUGUUUUCAAAUACAAUAUUAUCAGACACAUAACCUAAGUCACAAUUUAAUGUAUUGCCACGUUAGAUAAUUAUUACGAUAUUGGAAAAAUGUUGAUAUUACAGUGUAGUGAAUCUAAUUAAUUAUUGCUUGCAUAAAUUCAACUAUGAACCUUCACACAUAUAUUUCUCAUUUUCCUGUCAGAACUCUUGUAUGAAAGUUUAUUAUUAGUCGAAUUAAAAAAAAUUGGGUCUGUUCUUU